AUGUUGUUUCCACCGUCUAUUCUGUUUAAACCUUUCUCUCAUCAGCGCUUUUCCUGCAUCAUCGGUCCAAACGGCAGUGGCAAGUCCAACGUGAUCGACUCCAUGCUGUUCGUGUUUGGAUACAGAGCUCAGAAGAUUCGCUCGAAGAAGCUGUCGGUUCUGAUCCACAGUUCUGACGCUCAUCCGGACGUCCAGAGCUGCACUGUGGAGGUGCACUUCCAGAAGAUCAUCGACAAGGAAGGAGACGACUACGAUGUCAUUCCCAACAGCUCUUUCUACGUGUCGAGAACUGCUGCCAAAGAUAAUUCCUCCUCCUAUCACAUCAAUGGCAGGAAAGCAACCUUCAAAGAUGUGGGCACACUGCUGCGCAGCCACGGCAUCGACCUGGACCACAACCGCUUCCUCAUCCUGCAGGGCGAGGUGGAGCAGAUUGCCAUGAUGAAGCCCAAAGGACAGACGGAGCACGAUGAGGGCAUGCUGGAGUACCUGGAGGACAUCAUCGGCUCCUGUCGUCUCAAAGAGCCCAUUAAUAUCCUGUGCCGGCGGGUGGAGCUACUGAACGAGCAGCGCGGAGAGAAGUUUAGCACAUUCUGUGUGAACUGCACCUCGCACUAUAUUCUACUUAUCUUUAAGAAGAGGAACCUGCUCUGUCAGUUCUACGUGCAUGAUCUACAGAAGCGUGUGUCGGCCAAAGAAGCUGAGAAACAGCAGAUUCAGGAGGACACAAAGGAACUGAGUGACAAAAGCAGCCAGCUGACCGAAGAAAUGAAGACCAAGAACGAGGAGCUGAAGGGCGUGGAGAAGAAACUGACCAAGCUGACCAAGUUCAUAGAGAGCCAGAAGGAGAAAUUUACCCAGCUGGACCUGCAGGACGUGGAGGUGCGCGAGAAACUCAAACACACCAAGAGCAAAACCAAGAAACAGCAGAAGCAGCUUCAGAAGGACAAGGAGAAGCUGGAGGAGGUGAGGAGCGUUCCCGCGAGCAGUGAGAAGAUCAUCACGGAGGUGUCUGCUCAGAAGGAGGAGCUGGAGAAGAAGAAACUGGUGGAGGAGCAGAAGCUGGCUCAGGUGAUGGAGAGCCUGAAGGAGGAGACCAGCGGCCUGCAGGAAGAUAAAGAGAAGAAAGAGCAGCAGCUGCUGGAGCUGAGUAAGACGGUGAACGAGACGCGCUCACGGAUGGAUGUGGCUCAGUCAGAGCUGGAUAUCUACCUGAGUCAGCACAACACGGCUGUGAGCCAGCUCAACCAGGCCAAAGACGCUCUGCAGGAGGCUGUGGACACGCUGAGAGAGAGGAGAGCCGCCAUCAAACACCUCAACCUCAGAAUACCUCAGUGUGAGGAGCAGCUCAAGAAGCUUCACGGGAAGACCCAGAACAUCGGUGUGGCCACAUUCAUCGGCCUAGACAAGAUGAAAGUGUGGCAGCAGAGCAUGGGCUCCAUCUCCACUCCGGAGAACAUCCCUCGUCUGUUUGACAUGGUGCGUGUGAAGGACGAGAGCGUGCGGCCGGCGUUCUACUUUGCUCUCAGGGACACGCUGGUGGCUAGAGACCUGGAGCAGGCCACGCGGGUGGCGUUCCAGAAGGACAAGCGCUGGAGGGUGGUCACGCUGCAGGGGCAGAUCAUCGAGCAGGCCGGUACCAUGACUGGAGGAGGAGGACGAGUGAUGAAGGGCCGGAUGGGCUCCUCGCUCUGCGCUGAUGUCACUCAGGAGCAGCUGGAUAAAAUGGAGAGCGAGUUGAACAAAGAGCUGACGCAGCUGCAGGACUGGCAGCAGAGGAAGCAUCAGCUGGAGGAGAAGGUGCACAACGCCAGACGUGAGCUGAGAGACAUGAAGAAUACACUGGAGAAAUACACGGCCACCAUCCAGAGCCUGACCGAGCAGGAGCUUCAUCUCAAGACUCAGAUCAAAGACCUGGAGGCCAAUGUCAUCUCCGCUGCUCCUGAUAAAGCCAAGCAGAAGCAGAUGGAGAAGAGCCUGGAGGUCUACAGGAAAGACUUUGAGGCAGCGUCCACUAAAGCAGGAAAGGUGGAGGCGGAGGUGAAGAGGCUGCACACGCUCAUCGUGGACAUCAACAGCCAUAAGCUGAAGGCCCAGCAGGACAAACUGGACCAGAUCAACACACAGCUGGACGAGUGCUCCUCAGCCAUCACUAAAGCCCAGGUGGCCAUCAAGACUGCUGGACGUAAUCUGAAGAAGUCCGAGGACAGCGUGUCUCAGCUGGAGAAGGAGAUGGGAGAGAAUGAGAAGCUGAUGGAAGAGCUGACGGAGCAGCUGAAGAAGCUGGAGGAGGCGGCGGGAGAGAUCAUGCAGACGUACCAGCAGGCUGAGGAAGCUCUGCCGGAGGUUCAGGAGCAGCAUCGAGGAGUGCUGCAGCAGAUCAAGGCCCUACAGGAGCAGGAGCACGCGCUGCAGAAGGAGUCUCUGAGUGUGCGGCUGAAGGUGGAGCACAUCGACACGGCCAUCGCUGAGUGCCACAACAAGAUCAAACACUGGGAGAGAGAGGCCAGCAGGCUGUCGCUGCACCCCAUCGAUGGAGCUCCAGAAGAAGAGCUGCCUGCACUGAACCCAGAGCAGCUGGAAGACAUCGGCAAUCCAGACGUCAUCAAGAACGAGAUCGCUCUGCUGGAGGACCGCUGCUCCAACAUGAAGCCCAACCUGGGAGCCAUCGCAGAGUUCAAGAAGAAGGAGGAGCUGUAUCUGCAGCGGGUGGCGGAGCUCGAUGACAUCACCACACAGAGAGACGCCUUCAAGAGAGGCUGUGAGGACCUGCGCAAGCAGAGGCUGCACGAGUUCAUGGCUGGAUUCAACAUCAUCACCAACAAACUGAAGGAGAACUACCAGAUGCUCACGCUAGGAGGAGACGCCGAGCUGGAGCUGGUGGACAGUCUGGAUCCCUUCUCCGAGGGCAUCAUGUUCAGUGUGCGUCCUCCUAAGAAGAGCUGGAAGAAGAUCUAUAACCUGUCAGGAGGAGAGAAGACGCUCAGCUCGCUGGCGCUGGUGUUUGCGCUGCAUCACUUCAAGCCCACGCCGCUCUACUUCAUGGAUGAGAUCGACGCUGCCCUCGACUUCAAGAACGUCUCCAUCGUGGCCUGCUACAUAUACGAGCAAACCAAGAACGCUCAGUUCAUCAUCAUCUCCCUGAGGAACAACAUGUUUGAGAUGGCCGACCGUCUCAUCGGCAUCUAUAAGACACACAACACCACCAAGAACGUGGCCAUCAACCCCAAAACCAUCGUCCUGCGCCAGAUCGAGACGGUGUGAGGAGAGCAGAUACUCCAAUCACUCGUUUGUUCUGAUGGUUUGUCUGUUCAUCACUUCUCUAAACCUUUUAUACGUCUCAUUCGUUCUGCGCUCUUGCUCUUUUAUUGUUUUUAAAUAAAAAUGCCUGUUUUAUACUACAUAGUAACACAUGGAAUAUUAUCAUGCUUUUACUGCACUGCAGUCGA